AUGGAAAGCAAUCAAAAUAUCGCAUCCAAAUAUUUAUCUUCUGGUGCUGCUGGAGGUGCUGAAGAUUCAAAAGAACCUUACCAAGAGGACCCAUUCGAUCUAAAAUCAUUGGAGAAUGAAGGCCAGACAAAGCCUACUGUGAGGAGCUUCAAAAUUAAGGCUAUAAUAGUUUCAAAGGCACUGCAGAACUUCUUUACAUACACCCAAGAUUGCCAAAGAUAUGAAGGAGAUAUCCAAGAGUUGCAUCAACGCUGGGAACAGAAACUAACAUUGAAGAGGAAGGAAAACUUCACGAAUUUGAAGAUCUUGAUAAAGAAAUCAACCUGCUGAAGAAGGCGAUGAGCAAGCAAGACAUCUUUUCUAAGCUUAAGGACGAAUCCUAUUGGAGAUUACUGAAAGAAGAAGUGAUGGCUAAUUUUUACAUCUGCUCAAGCCAAACUUCUCCUCUAAAAUUCACGCCUGCUCAGCCAAAACCCACUCUGGACAGACUCACCUUCUCUUCGACAGACUUCGACUACUACUAUUGGCUUCAAAAGGGAAGAAGACAGCCUUUUAGACCAGUUACUAAGCUUUGACUAUGGAUGAAUUAUCCAGGAGAUAUGAAUGUGAUCAAGGGGCUUGACAAAAGACUUCCUGAUUUAGAAAAAUUGCUGAUUAGGAAUAUUCCUAGAGAAAGUCAAGAGGCAAGGCAUUGUGUUGCCAAGUAUUUCCCCAAAACAGUACAGACUUUUGUUUUUAAUUUUAAUUCUGCUCUUGAGAGCAUUGACCUGUACCACUCUGCCUUGCUGGUGGCUGCUCCUUGUGUGACAGAGUUGGUUUAUCUUCAUAAUUUUAAGAUCUCCCAGCCCCAGACCAUCGCCCUCCUCGCUGCCUUUCACAAAGUUACACACUUUGGCUUCGACUCCUGCAUUGUGCACAUAUCUUCUGUGCCUUCCUUCCCUGACUCCAUGGCUAACUCCAACAUUCAACAAUUAAGUCUCUCCUCCUCAGGAGAUAGCGACCAUGGAGACUGGGAAGAGGACAGCUCGUGCUUCAGCAACUUGAUGGCUGGGCUCGCACAGGUCGACGCCGUCAGGGAAAACUUGAAGUGGAUGUGGAUGGAGAGCUGUGGAAUGAAGAAGAAAAAAAUAAAGGAGAUCUUGGAGAACUGUGGACUAGGUCAUGUGAAUAUUUGGGUCUAA